UCUUAAUUUCAUUCACCUCAGGAAGGCGUAAUAUUAUUGAACAACAUUUGAAGACUCACCUCUUUCAUUCAGGAAGUCGCUGAAGAUAAGAUGAAGCCUUCUUUGAUGUGCUAUCUCUUAGUUAUCCACAUUUUCCUUUAUGAAGCUCAAGGUAUCAGGCUGGGAAAAAGUAUUGUAUUAGCUAGGAACCAUCAAGAAAUCAUCACCGAGCGUUUAUCAAGCAAUCCAGACGUCGAAUCCGCCAUGGUUACUGAGCCUUCAUCAGGAAUAAAUAGAGAACUUAUGGCAAAAACAAUAUCUUCAAGUUCAACCAUCAGGAAAUACAAGAAUGGCUCGAAAACAGACCUAAAGUUCACUCAUGCGCGAGUUGGAAGGGAGGAGACUUUUCCGGAUGUCAUAGACUUAACGGGGAUGGAUUAUUCUCCGGCCAGGAGAAACCCUCCGAUACACAAUUUAAUCGAUAAAAAGAGUUAGAUCGAUUAAAACAACUCGUGAUCUAUGUAACAUGUAUUAUAUAUGGUUGAUAUCUUGUAGAUAGUAGUAUGUUUUCAAGAUGAGUGUUGUUGAUGAUUUGUUACAUGUAUAGAUAUAUAUUGCAUG